UCAAGAAUUAUUUGCUUUUCCCCUGCAAAAGAAAGGACAGAGGAGAAGAAACUAGCGUGACACGGCACAAUAAUACCAACAAGAAGGAGAAGAACGGUUUCUUCUUUCUUGUGUCAAGUCUCGUGUGUACUAUGCUACUCUACUCUUCUUCUUCUUCUUCUUCCAUGGCCACAUUCUGAAAACCCCAAAAAAACCCUAAUUCCGAUUCAACCGUUAAACCCCAAAUUCACCACCACCACAAUCACUCACUGCGAUGGCUUCCUCGUCGAGCAGCGGAUUGACAUUCAAGCUACACCCUCUGGUAAUCGUCAACAUCUCCGACCACUACACCAGAGUCAAAUCUCAGAUGAACCCAACCCUUGCUCCUCACAACAGCGUCCCGAGUAAUGGCGCUGACGGCGUCGUUUCUUCUGUCCCCCCUAGGGUCUAUGGCUGCGUCAUCGGAGUGCAGAAGGGUCGCACCGUCGAGAUCUUCAACAGCUUUGAGCUUCUCUAUGAUCCUUCUACCCAUUCGCUUGAUCGUCCCUUCCUCGAGAAGAAGCAAGAGCUCUAUAAGAAGGUUUUCCCACAUUUCUACAUACUGGGAUGGUAUUCAACUGGGAGUGAUGCAGAGGAAUCUGAUAUGAAUAUUCAUAGAGCUUUGAUGGAUAUAAAUGAAAGUCCAGUUUAUGUUCUUCUCAAUCCUUCAAUCAAUCAUUCUCAGAAGGAUCUCCCUGUCAGUAUUUUUGAAAGUGAACUGCAUGUCAUAGAUGGGAUUCCACAACUUAUCUUUGUUCGCUCAAGCUAUACUAUUGAGACUGUUGAAGCUGAACGGAUCUCAGUUGAUCACGUUGCUCAUCUUAAGCCGUCUGAUGGUGGUUCAGCAGCCACUCAAUUGGCUGCUCACCUUACUGGUAUACACAGUGCCAUCAAAAUGCUUCAUAGCAGAAUAAAGGUGCUACAUCACUAUCUUCUUGCAAUGCAAAAAGGUGAUGUUCCUUGUGAGAAUUCACUGUUAAGACAAGUUUCAAGUCUCCUUAGAAGAUUGCCUGCUAUUGAAUCUGGGAAAUUUCAAGAUGAUUUCUUAAUGGGAUACAAUGACACCUUAUUGAUUAGUUACCUUACCAUGCUGACCAACUGCUCGAGUGCAAUGAAUGAACUGGUGGACAAAUUCAAUACUGCAUAUGAUAGGCACAGCAGAAGGGGUGGACGAACUGCUUUCAUGUGAAAUCCGCUUGGUUUCUCAUUUCUGGUUUUCUUGCUGUGGACAGCCUCAAAGCACUUUUCAAACUGUUUAGGAAUAGAUUUUUCUUACUUCUUUUCUGCUUAGGCAUAGGUUAUUGAAGGCAGUAUUGCUUGGAUUUGAAGAGAAUAGCGUAAAGGAAACGUGGAAAGUCACCAUAUUACCAUGGUCCCUCUCAAAAAAGGAAAACAAAUUAUUUUUACAUUUAUAUUACAAGUCUGCAAAGUCGAGGGGACAAAGAGUUCAAGACAUGAUGUGAAUUUUCAUUGUGAUUCUUUGUUGAGUCAUCAUCCUUCAUUUUCAUGCUUAACAUUUUCACUCGGUUACGUGGAUCAUAUGGUGUGAUUAUUAUCGUUGCAGCACUGUUAGUCAAAUUUGUAGUUAUUUUUGUUAAACAAA